UGAUGAUAUAAAAAAUAUGAAUAGAGGAAAAUUUAAGAAUAAUAAUUAAAAUAGGAAAUAAGAUUUUGAAAAAAAUUGGACUGAAAAAUAAAUUUAAGAGGGAAAAGCUGAAAAUGAGAUUUUUGAAGGAAUCUUUACAGCUAGUGAAUAUACUAGAGAGAAGAGUGUUAUAAAAUGUCCAAUUUUUAAAUAGAAAGUACAUAUUAAUUGUAAUUUAAUUUUUCUAAAUAAUAGCAUUUGUUGAAUCAAAUAGAGCAUUUCAUGGAGCUCUUGUUGCAUUCAAAAUUAUUAAAAUAUAAAAAACUGAAGAAGAAUCUGAUGAUGAUCUGGAAGAAGAUAUAACUGAAUAAAUUAUAAUGAAGAAUACUAAGAUUAAGAAGGAUAUUAAAUAAGAGUUCAGCAAAAUAUGUAUAAUGGGGCAUAAAAAGCCAAUAUCCAAUGGCUGAAUUGAUAAAAGAAAUAGGAGUACAAGGAAAUAUUGAUGUUGAAUGUGAGGCAAUAUUAACAUAGAAUUCUGUUUAUGAAAAUGAAUUUUCAGAGAUUU